GCGCGGGCAGCGGCGGCGGUAGAGGCGGCCGCGGUUGUAGCCGAGCAGUCGGGAAAGGAGAGGUGCUUUGGCGGCUCCGCUGACUGUCGCGCGGCCCUGCCAGCACUUCCCGUCACGUCCCCGGGGGAGGGAAAAGGGGGCGCGCCGGUAACGCCAGCGGGGCUGCGGCCGUAACCCGCUCCCGUUGCGUCGCGGGCGGUGCGUGCGCGGCUGCCCGAGGUCGCAGGAGGCGGCGGCAGCGGUGGUGGGAGAGGGAGGUCUCCCUCCCUGCGGCACCAUGAAAGCUGUGAGUCCCGUCCGGCACCCCAGCCGCAAGGCGCAGCCCGGCGUGGCGGGCGGCGGCGGGGGACACCCGGCCCUGCGGUGCCUGGCCGAGCACAGCGGCUGCAAGGGGGGCCCGCCGUCGGGCGAGGAGCCGGCGGCGCUGUGCCUGCAGUGCGAUAUGAAUGACUGUUACAGCCGGCUGAGGAAGCUGGUGCCCACCAUCCCGCCCAACAAGAGGGUCAGCAAAGUGGAGAUCCUGCAGCACGUCAUCGACUACAUCCUCGACCUGCAGCUGGCUCUGGAGACGCACCCGGCGCUGCUCCGGCAGCAGCAGCAGCCGCCCGCCCUGCACCCGGGCGGCUGUCCCGCGGGCACCCCCAGGACCCCGCUGACAGCCCUCAACACUGACCCGGUAAGAGGCUGGCUCUGUUAACAAGCCGGGAGACAGCAUCCUCUGCCGCUGACCGCCGCUCCCCAGGUGUGCGGCGGCGCCGCGCAGAGGCACCGCGGGGGGCGGGCGGCGGGGAGGGGGGGCCCGGCCCGGCCCCGCCGCACCGGAGGAAGGAGCCAUCCAACCCCCCCGAGCAGUUCCCAGGCUUCAUCCCGGCAGAGGCAGCCUUUUCACCGUUUUGCACGUCCGUAGCGGUCCCCCCCCGCCCCUCCUCCCCGUGUGUGUGUCCCGUCCCGUCCCGUCCCCCCCCGCCCCGUCUCUUCUCUUCGUUUCCGACCAGAUGUGAGCGGUGCCUCCCGCGGUGGCAGGAGGGUGUCGGACUCGAGCAGGAAAAAAGUUGCCACCUCUGCCCCGGGAUAGAGGACCGAGCCUAAACCAGACUUUAGAAGCGUUGUAACUCUUUAAGGGACCGAGCAGCUGAAUCUUGAAGCUUUACUAAUCUCCCAGAGCAUUUGUAGAUAUAUUUGACAUCUAUUGUUUAAAAUAGAUGGCUAUUAUUGGGGCCCAGGGAACUUUCUUCUCCCUGCAGGAAUGUUACAUAUUGUAUAGAUAAAUGAGUGACAUUUCAUACUGUGUAUAUAUAGAGAUGUUCUAUAAGUGUGAGAAAAGUAUAUGCUUUAAUAGACUACUGUAAUUAUAAAAUAUUUUUAAUUAAAUAUUUUUUGUAAAUAUUAUAAA